AUGCCAUUGUUGCAGCUUGCCUAUGGGUGCUUCGAGAGGUCCACAAAUGACUAUGACCAGUUAUACAUUGACUCAGUCUACCUACUCCAAAGGCUUCGUCCAGCCAUAUUCAGAAUUUUGAUGUCAUACCCAUCAAUCUGCCCAAAUCAAAGUCUUUUGUCCCUACGUUCCACGCAUUCCAUUCAACUCUUUGGAUUUUUCUCUAUCCUAUUACACCCCGGGCGCGCGCAUCCUCCCAUUGAUUAUAUCAUUACAAGUUUCAAUCCAAAUCAGAACAUAUCCGAAGCCGCAUCUUAUACAUAG